UUGAAAGAAAUGUUGCACUCUAUCACCUCACAAGAUGGAGAAAGGACAAAGAUGCCAAUGACCAGGAUUUCAAACUGACAGCCCACGAACACGCUCUAUAAACAAACAUGGCCGCCUCUCAUCGAACAGAUAACUAAAAACAGUUCAUACUACAACUAUGGAUUGGGGCAUCUUGGGGGCACUGAGCAAGCAGGGUGUAAAAGGUGAAAGAAUAUGGCUACACCAUUUUCGAGGAGAAUGUUGCAUCAGGAUAAAAAGUCAAAUUUUUUCCCAUUUUUGUUUGCCAUGCCCAUGAUGAGAAGUGUUUAGAACAAAAGGAAAAAUCAGCUUUAAAGGCUCGUCAUAAUGUCAUGAUACCAAGCAAUUGUUAAGACAUUUGUUUAGUUUUGCAAUAUAUUUAUGGGAAAUCCAUAUUUUAGAUAAUUUCAUUCUUGUUUUAAAUCUGUUCCUUGUAUCAAGUUGUCAUUUCAAAUAUUUGUGAUAUAUGAAAUUCCAUAUUCUUUUUUGCAUAGGUUUCUUUGAAAAAUGCUGAUAGAUAUAUUUUCAUCAUAAAAAAUUUAAAUAUAAGUUAAAACCCACAAUGUCAUUCAACGCAGGAGAGGAACUUUACUUAUGCACGGUAUGUGGAAAGAAAUUCCGUCGAAAAAGCUGUCUUAAAAUGCACUCAAGAAUACAUGGUGCAAAGAAAUCUUGUUUCUGUGUGAUGUGUGCUGAAACCAACAAGCGUAAUAAUGGCUCUAGUAAAAAGCUACACAAUAUAAAGAAAAUGCGAAAGACUCAGCUCUCAGACUGUAAGAACAUUACUGCAAAUGGUAAGUCUGCAAGUAAAAAAGCUGGUUUAGCAACGGAGCAGCAAGGUUUGGUAGCAAAUAAACUUGUAACAAAAGAUAAGCAUGCUCUGAUAAAUAUUGGCUGUGUUUCACCAAGUAGAAAAUCUAACUCUUCAAAUGCAAGAUCUGUUUCUUUGAAUAAUAAGUCAGUUCUGGUCACUGGAAAGUCUGUCUCCUCAAAUAGCAACUCAAAUUCAUCAAGUGGGAAAUCAAUCUUAGUCAGAGGAAAGAUAACUGAAAAGGCUGUUCUAUCAAGCAGAAAGGCAGCUUCAGGAAGUGAUAGGGGUACCAUCAAAGGUAAAAAGAAUGCAAUACCCAAUGGAACACUUAUUUUGGAAAACUUAACGACAAACAAUGGUGAUAGCAAUCCACUUAUGACAAAUUUUAGAGACAGUUUCAAAUGGUUUUGUACAAGAUCUGCAUCUAAAAGUUUUCAGAAAGUUAGUAAUCAGUCAGUCGUAAACAUGAGUAACAUAACUAGUAAUAAUGAUAUGAAUAACAAAAUAAUUGAAAGUAGAGAUGCUAUGAAGAAUAAUAUAAGAAAAGAACCAUGUAAUAACCAGUGUAAAUGUAAAAUAUGUGGUAAAUCCUGUGGUUGUGAUAGUAUUUUAAAAGAUCAUAUGAUUGUGCACUUGGAUAAGAAACUUUGU